AUGAAACCUAUAAUAUUCUUGAUUUUAAUCAUUUUUACGGUCAAUGUAAAUGGAUGUAAACUUCCAGUAUGUAGAGGUAUAGGUGAUGAAUGUACUGCUGAUAUGCAUGAAGUCAAUGAUCCAUCAGAUUAUCCAAAGAUAUGUACUAGUAAUUUAAACUGUGUUGAAUUAAUUCAAGGCAAACCUACAUGUAUUCAACCAUUGCUAGAAGGAGCAAGAUGUAAUAGCAGUGACCAAUGUGGACCUGGUCUCUAUUGUAAUGGUCGCCCCAAUCAAAUCUGUCAACCUGGUUUAUUUGCAAACUUGGGUGAAAAGUGCACCCAUGAGUGGGAUUGCCAUAGAGGUUUACAGUGUGAUCCAACAAUCUCUAAAUGUGUCGUCCAAUUGAGUGAAAACGCUACAUUGGAAGGAUACCAAUGCGAGAUUGGUCUCUACCAUUGCGAGUUUGGCAAAUACUGUGACUCUACUACCCAUAAAUGUCUAACAAGAAAACAAAAUGGUGAAAAGUGUAAUGAAGGAAAUGAAUGCAAACAAUUUUCAAUUUGUAAUGGUCCUGUCACUGGUCAAAAAUAUUGUUCAGACAUGUUUUCAGUAGGAGAAGGGGGAGAUUGUCUAGUUCAUUCUUAUAUGUAUAGACAAUAUAUUAGUGCAUGUAAUAUUUCUCAAGGUCUUCGUUGUACAAAUGAAUUCAAGUGCGUAAAAUUCGAUACGACAGAGUCUCCAAGUACGCUCAAUUCAUCGGAAGCUUUCUAUGAUUGUGUCGACCAAGCGUUCUGUGUCUACACACCCGACUAUGAAGGAAAGAACAGUUGUUCAAUGGUCAAUUGUAGAAAGCAGUUUUGUGACAUGCAAGGUAAAUGCUCCAAACAAACCAGAGCCGCUUGUUUUGCAAAGAACAUCACCUACCUUAAUUUUGGUGUCUGUGAACAACCAUUCCCAUCUGAAAAGAUUCCAGGUUCUUCCAAUAUUCUAUUAUCAAAUACUAUACUCUCAUUCUUUUCAAUUGUUAUUUUAUCUAUUUUCUUUUAA